AUUUGAGUUUCCACACUCUGUUUUCUCUGAAUCUGAGCACAGUUGAGCUAAACCCAUUUGUCACAGGGCAGAUCAUAAUCUAAGAAACUUCAUUUUGGUCAUUUUGCUUUUUCACAGCAGAAUAGUACAGUGGGAUUUCUCACCCACUCUCAAAAGUCAGGAAUCUGGAGUCUGGAAGUUUUAGUCAUAUUCCAAGAAUACCUUAGAAAGGUUGAAUUGUUUACUUGUGUUGUGCAGUGCUGCGCAAUGACCAGCUGCCCUCCUCUUGAAACCACCAGCCCAACAACUGCUGGCUGUACUCUAAAGCAGCCAGCCGCAUUGUACUGUACCACUGCAUUUAUGUAUGACUGUAACUAAGGCAACAAACAACAUAAGGAACAGAAAGGACAGAUUAACCAACUGGGUGUGAAGGCAAUCCAGGGUUCUUAACACACGCAUAAUUCUUCCAAUUAGCCAUUCCUCUGAGACACAACGCAAGUCUUUUUGGGAAGGUUCUGACUGCACCAGCUUGUGGCAUUGUGGAGGUAUUCUAGACAGGUUUUGUUAACAGUGUACUCGGCAGAAAAGGGAUUCACUUUUGGGUAGGAGCAGCCAUGCCAUUUGGCUGUUUGACUCUGGGAGAGAAGAAGGACUACAACAGUCCUUCAGAGGUCACCGAUAAGUAUGACCUGGGACAGGUAGUGAAAUCGGAGGAGUUUUGUGAAAUCUUCAGGGCAAAGGACAAGAACACACUGAAAAUGUACACCUGUAAAAAGUUCCUGAAGAAAGAUGGAAGAAAAGUACGAAAAGCAGCCAAAAACGAGAUCCUCAUCUUGAAAAUGGUGAAGCAUCAUAACAUCCUCCAGCUGGUAGAUGUCUUUGAGACGAGAAAAGAGUACUUCCUCUUUUUGGAGCUGGCCACAGGAAGGGAGGUGUUCGACUGGAUCUUAGACCAGGGCUACUACUCAGAACGUGACACCAGCAAUGUGAUCCGGCAGGUGCUUGAGGCUGUGGCUUACCUGCACUCUCUUCACAUCGUUCACAGAAACCUAAAGCUGGAAAAUCUUGUCUACUUUAACCGUCUGAAGAACUCCAAAAUUGUAAUCAGCGAUUUUCACCUGGCCAAACUGGAGAAUGGUCUUAUCAAAGAGCCAUGUGGCACACCAGAGUAUCUUGCUCCAGAGGUGGUUGGCAGACAGAGAUAUGGCAGACCGGUGGACUGCUGGGCCAUCGGGGUGAUCAUGUACAUCCUAUUGUCAGGAAACCCACCUUUUUAUGAUGAGACAGAAGAUGAUGAUUAUGACAAUCAUGAUAAGAACCUGUUCAGGAAAAUUCUGUCUGGAGACUAUGAGUUUGACUCACCCUAUUGGGAUGACAUCUCAGAUUCAGCAAAAAGCCUAGUUGCAUGUUUAAUGGAGGUGGAUCAGGAUCAAAGACUGACCGCACAGGAAGCCAUCAAUCAUGAGUGGAUAUCUGGAAAUGCUGCCUCAGACAAGAACAUCAAAGAUGGUGUUUGUGCUCAGAUCGAGAAAAACUUUGCUAAAGCUAAAUGGAAGAAAGCUGUUCGUGUGACCACCAUGAUGAAGAGACUCAGGGCUCCAGAUCAGAGUGACUCUGGAGCCUCUAGUCCUGCAAUGGGAGCCUCAGGAGGACCUGUUACCCCCAGCACCACCCCUGCUCCCCUGGCUGUAACACCAGUGCCUCCCCGCACCGCCCGGGAUCACCCCGAGGCCCAGACACAGGAGGCCUCGGCUCCUACACGGUGUAAUGGAGAGAUACUGACAUCCCAGCAGCGUAGUGGGGAGACUAAGGAGGAUUAGAAUGGCUGAUUACAUUCGGGCAAAUAUAGUGGUAAAUAUACAGUAGAAGAGCCUACAUGCUACAUGGAGCAAAGUCCAAUUGUGUUUAAAAGCUUGAUCACCAUUUUACAUUUUCAUUUGUGCAAAAUGCUGUAAUCUAGGAAGACUUUAAAAUGUAAAUCCCAGUCCCAUAGUAGUUUUAUCUGUAUUUUCUUAAGUAGCUUUAUUAAAGAAAUAUUAUUUGUUACUUCUGAAGUAAUACUCAGUGAUUUAAUUUCCAUAAUUCAAUCCAAUUUAAAAAAUCCUCAUUAAAACUAUGCUACCAUCUUUUUAAGGGUAUUAUACAAAAUAAGUUCUUAGAUUUACUUUAAAACAUGUCAUUAAAAGUUGGUUCAAAUAUUUUCAGUUGUAUUUAUUGCAUACCUAAAAAUCUUUUUUUCCACAUUGCAAAGAGCAAAGGAACAUAAAAUAUAAAAAUACAGCCUCAAAAUAUGAAUCUUAAAGUCAUUAAAUAAGAUAAUUCACAAACAAACAAAAGGACGAUUAGCACAGCAGAAUAUUAUAUUUCUGCAUCAAAAGAAUGGUUGGACUUUAAUGUAGAAUUUCAUAUAUCCAGAAGAGCCCAGCUGCUGAAAUACAAUUCAUAUUAAUAUUUUGUGUCAUAAUAUUGGCUAACCAGCAACUAAAACGGCUGCUGUACUUCAUUGAUGUACAAGUCAUUAUGUUUUUGUCAAUGCUAUCAUCAUAUCAAUAUAAUAUGACUCAGUGUUUUGUACUGCUGAAUCAUGUUUCUUUUUCUUUUGCUGUACAAUCUUACAAGAAAUCAUGUAGCUCUUUUUAUUCAAUCUGCCCUUAUAUCCUUAUUCUAAAGAGCACUGUAUUUUAUAUAGAAUACAUCUGGUUUCAUUGAGUGUGAUACGCUGAGGCCUAAGGGUUUCCAAAUGUUCUGUUGAUGUGCAGUACAAACAAAGCAAUAUGAAUAUUGCUGUAAUACUGUGAAACUGCUAUACAGGUGAUAAGAUGUUCCUGCCAUAUUUCAUACAGGUAGCCAAGCAAUUUGCUCUCGAUGGUUGUUUGCGUAUUCAAUCUUAUAGCUGUAUAUAAUGUUCAGUUAUUGUAUUCUGCCUAAAACCCAGACCUUAUUUUUACUGUCCAUGUGGAGAGAGAGGAAUCAAAAUGUCCUUGAACUGCAAAUCCUGCUGUAGCUCAUGUCCAUUAUGGCAUAGUUAUUUGUUGUUUAUUGUUUGUUUUAAUUGAUUGUCUUUGGCAUGGUCACAUGUUUAUUUUUAAGCAUUUGCUAAAUAUACUCCCCAUUGUAUAUAGCUUCACUGAGUUUUAUCUGGUAGUAUUAUCUCAGUAAUGUAAAAGGAACUAUACAGACGUACAUUUUGACCUCUGUGUGCAUUAGUUUGACCUCAGCUGAAAACCAUAAUUUUCUCCUGUUUAGCCUUUGUUUUCCUCUUUAUGCACUGACGGCAGGCUCUGUAAACACUGAAUAUAUAUUUUCUGAGAAAAGUUUUCAUAGAAGACAGAGCAGAAAAACAAGUGAUUGUGCAAAUCCAGAGUAAAAUGUGUAAUUCAUCAUUUUCAUGUAUCAGCUCAGCCUAAUGUGUUUGUCACUGUUUGUGGCUUCUGUAUUUUGUUACUCGAUAUGCAGAAUAAAUGUUUCGGACAGUG